UAUUCUGAUUGACACGGACCAAAGUUAUCCCGGAAUAAAGGGAGCACGCAUGUGCCGUCACACCGGAUAUGAACGAGCUCCCUUUGCUUCCCGCCUCCGUCACCCGGGAGCUCGCUUUGUGAAAAGGUUUCAGUGAGCCCAACAUGGCUUCUUCAUCUCGGAUUCAAAGUCUCGGCCCGCGGCCCGGUUUUUCCACUUUACACCGCUUGCGGAAGAAGCGGAAAGCCCAGCGACUGAAGGAUCCCCUGGACACGCUUCUGCUGAAGACUCUGACUGCCCAGCGAGAAAUGGAGGAACGUUUCCUGCAAAUGGAGGAACGGCGGCUCCAACGAGACUUGGAGGUGGAGGAGCGGAGGAUACAGCUGGAACAGCGACGUUUUGAACUGGAACGGGACCAUGAAUUCCGCAUGUUCAGUGUCUUUGCCCAGAUGCUCAGUAUCUUAAAGCAGAGCAAUAACAGCUCCUCGGCAAGUGGACUGCCUCAGGGUGCAGACCUUGCUCAAGCAUUUUCUGAUGCUCCAGGAGUGGGAGAAGGGGUGCAACAGGAAGUAAGGACCACACCAUUAGGACGACCCGCCUUGGAUAGGACUUCCAACACACACAGUUUCUGCAACCACAGAAAUUUCCAAAACAGCCCAUACCUCUCCAUUCGAGGCAAUGGUACUUCAUUCUUCUGGGGAUCCUCAGAAGAGGGGUACAACGCAUAUCAUGCUAACAAAUAUGAUGAAGACAAAAACCCUAAUGGCAUCAUAAACUUUGGCACAAGUGAGAACAAACUCUGCUUUGAUCUGAUGUCGAAGCGGCUGAUGCAAAGUGACAUGAAUGUCAUGGAGCCCCCGUUGUUACAGUAUCCUAACUGGAAAGGCCAUAUGUUCUUGCGAGAGGAAGUGGCUCGAUUUUUGACCUACUAUUGCAAAGCUCCUGCACCUCUCAAAGCAGAAAAUGUGAUUAUACUGAAUGGCUGCGGCUCUCUGUUUUCUGCAUUGGCUACAGUUCUCUGUGAUCCAGGGGAAGCCUUCCUGAUUGCUACUCCUUUCUAUGGGGGCAUCAUCCAAAGUGUGUUUCUAUAUGGGAAUGUCAAGCUGGUCUAUGCCUAUUUGGACAGUCAGGUUACUGGGACAACCACCCGCCCAUUCCAACUCACUGUGGACAAACUAAAGAACGCAUUGCAGGACGCCCAAUCUAAGGGUGUGAGAGUAAAGGCCUUGAUUCUUUUGAACCCACAAAACCCCCUGGGGGACAUCUAUUCUCUCUCAGAGUUACAUGACUACUUGGAAUUUGCAAAAAGACAUGAGUUACAUGUGAUUGUGGAUGAGAUCUACAUGCUGUCAGUUUUUGAUGACUCUGCCACAUUCCACAGUGUGCUGGAAAUGGACAGGUUGCCUGACCCACAGAGGACCCAUGUGAUGUGGGGAAUUAGUAAGGAUUUUGCUGUCUCUGGGAUUCGGUUUGGAACCUUAUACUCCUUGAACCAAGAUGUGAUCAAUGCUGUUGCUUCCUUGUGCUACUUCCAUGGGGUUUGUGGGCCUGUCCAAUAUAAGAUGGCUCAGCUGCUCAGAGACAAAGAUUGGAUCAACCAGGUGUACUUACGGGCCAAUCAUGACAGGCUGAAAGCUGCCCAUACUUUUGUGACAGAUGAGCUCAAGACCCUUGGGGUUCCCUUCCUCAACCGCAAUGCAGGCUUCUUUAUAUGGAUUGACUUUCGAAAGUACCUGAGGAAAGGGACAUUUGAAGAAGAAAUGCUGCUUUGGAGGCGCUUCCUGGACAACAAAGUGCUGCUGUCCUGUGGCAGAGCGUUUAAGUGCAGCGAGCCUGGCUGGUUCCGCAUCAUCUUUGCUGACAAAUUGCAUCGGCUAAAGCUAGGUAUGCAGAGGAUCCGCGAGGUGCUAGAAGACCAUGAGCGUGAGCUCCUGGAUGGAGAUAAGGAUCAGUUGUGCCAAUCUGACUCAGAGGGAAAGGCAGACAGCACUGAUGAAGUGAUCUUCGUGUCACACCACCAGGAGCCGACUUCGGCUGGGAGCUCCAGUCUUAAUGAUCUGAUUGGUCUCCUUCAGCAGCAGAUGCGCUCAUCUGACUGGUUACAGAAGAAUACAGCGGAGCAGUUUGCACAGGAGAAGCCAGAGAUCUAUGAUGUUUUUUGCAAGUUGGUAGGGAAACAGUAGAGAAGCUUUGGUAUAUGUGUGCCUGGACUGUCACUGGCAGUUCUCGCUGCUGGAAUCUGUCUUAAACAUUAUAUUUUCUAUAUAGCAGGGAACCAUUUUGUAAAGCUUCUUCCUUAGCAUGGGACCAACUUUGAUUUCUUCGUUUACUGAGGGAAAAAUUUCUACUUGUGAAGACAGCCUUUUUUAUAUAUCUUCCACAACGUAUAAUAGAACUAGAAGUACAGCUAAGUUUGACCUCAGUUUUGUCAAUAAGUCAUGUUUAAUACUGAAUUCAGAGGCAGGUUUUAAAUGUACACCAGCUCACUUAUUCUAGUACGGGUAAAUGAUCAGUAUUUGUACAUUACUCAUGUACUCCAGUGUAUUUGUUACUGCAUUCCAGUAUUCCAAAGACCUGUACAGGUGUAGUGCUUCUGCCUCUUUAGCACCAGUUAAGGGAUUGGGAACAGAGCAUAGGCUCACAUAUCUUCCCCAAUAGCUUUUUCCCUUUCAUAUGCAAAUUUUCCUUGCAGGCUUCAACCAUGGUUAUUGUUAUAACUGCAGUGACAUUAGCCAUGGUUACCCUUAACCAUGUUUCAUUUGUGAUCAGGAUUUAAGCCACGGAUGUGCUUAAUGUGUAGCCCUCACCAUUGGUUAUGCUGACUUGGGCUGAUGGGAGUUGCAGGUCAACAACAUAUGAGUACAAAUGUUCACCAUACCUGACUUAAGCAAACCCUUGUUCAGGUUAACCAGAGUUAAUGUUUAGGUAGAUGAAAUACACAACAAUGGUUAAAGCAAGAGAAUUCACAUGAAAGAGGGAGGGGGACACUGCAGACCUUCAGUCCAUUCCAGAUCACUUAAGGAACUGUUACUGUUGUUUCUGCAGUUUUGAAACUUUCAGGGUCCUAAUGAAUAAAAUCUUACUUGUC